ACAGUCACAAAAUUAAGUUCAAGGUCUGGUUGUAAUAUAUUUCACUGAGCACUGUCUCUUGCAUGAUUUACAUCCUUAAAUUCAGUUUUGAGAUGAGAGUUGAACUUUGAAACCGAAUGAACCCCAAUAUAAAAGAAUUGACUGUUACAUAGUUUAGUUCCACAUGUGAUGGUUAUUGCUUUUGUGGGUUUCAAGGUGUAUCCUUGCGGCAGACCAUCUUUAGCUGCUUACAGUCAUCUAGAGUGUUGAAGCUGAGAGGAAAGAGUUAGAAAGAACUUUCUCUGAAUGCUAGGGAGAACUUUGGUCUCCAGAGAAAUUUACAAAGGCCAUGCAAGUGUUGCUGCACACACUUUCUUCUCUUGAGAAUGUGAAGACAAUGACACAAUGUCUUCUACGGAGCCAAUCCUUCUUCUUUGAUUCAUCUAGGGAGGCUGGCCACUAAGUUCUAGGAAAUUUUGCUUUCAUUGUAAGUUUGUAAAAGCUGAUGUAUCAUGGAAGAAAAGAAGGAUGAAGAAGAUGGGACACUGAAUGAAGGUGAAGGCGUGAAGCAGAGAUUGCUAUUUCACAUGCAAAGAGACUUGCUUACUCAGGGCGGAGUCCAGGCUUCCAAUAUUGGAAUUAUUACCCCAUAUGUAAUGCAGAAGUGGCAGAUUGGUCUACCAGUGGUUAUGAGGGAUGCUGGAGAACAGGUUAUAGAUUGGCAUAGCUAUUCAACAAUGUACCUUAUCUUCCCUCGCAGAAGAGGCAUAUGCUCUUCGUCUUGCAGCGGGAAGGGCAACGGCAAGUGGUUUUCUUCAAGAGUCAUUUUUGAAGCAGGAAAAAUUUAGCUUGGCAAAUUGCUUCCGUUGUGGAACCCAUAUGGAGUACCCUGCUACCAGCCUAGCCUUUGAAUGGUUUGAUUUUGUGUUUGUGCCUGGAAUAAGCUAACGAAGCUACUUAAUUGGUUUGCUAUUGGGCGCCUGUCUGCCCGUGGAAUUUUGUAAACUAUUCUAUAUAGAUGUUGCUAAGAGCUAAAGAAAGUAAGGCCUUUAGA